CACAAUGCCAUUGUGCCCUGGUCAAAGUCAGUUGUUACACCCACACUGGUAGAGGAAUCACUAAGAAAAUGUCUGGUGGUCUGCAUCGUGCAGCAGGUGGGCCAGGUGACACAGCAACCAAUUAUAGAGAGAAACAAAAAGAAGGAGGAAUUAAAAGAGGUGGAGUUGGAGAAGGAAGAGGAAACUCUGGAGAAAGUAAAAUGGAUAUAGAUGAAGAUGGGCAGGAAGGAAGACCAAGAAGUCUCUUACAAAACCAUAAAUGUGGUACAGACACAGAAUUAGAGCACAUGCCAGACUCUAAAGCCUGUCACCCUCACCACCCUUCAUCUCUCCCCGAGGACUCAGAUCUCUUCUCUUACAUCCUUCCCUCACACUCAGAGAGCCUCUUCACUUGUCUACAUAGCCUUCAGGAAGAAGAACUACUGCUAGACUGCAUUUUUUCCAUCCAAGGCAACUCCUUCCAAGCUCACAGACUUGUGCUGGCAGCUGCCAGUCAAACCCCAGAUGCACUUUUUGGCUCAAAACAAAAAUUUAGGCUGAGAGUGGAGGAAAUAGCCCAUCGUUUGACCCCAGUUGGGUUAAGGGCUGUUCUAGACUUUGCGUACUGUGGAGAUGUAGCCAUGGACUUGAGUAAGGAAGGGGUAAUGGAGGAGGUACUGAAUGCUUGCAGGUGUCUAGAGAUGGAGAGGCUGUGGCAAAGGUGCAUGUCAAAGGUCACAACCUCUGCAGCCACAGAGAGAGAGAAGAGCUUGGCAAUCAUCAAGGACAUGUGGGAGAGAGGUGUUGGUUGUGAUGUCACAAUACAAGCAGAGAGUGGAGAGAGAUACUCAGCACACCGUGUGGUAUUAGCAGCAGGUGGGGACUAUUUCAGGGCACUGCUCUGCGGAGGGUUACGGGAGUCCAGUGAGGAUGUUGUGUGCCUGCGAGGCGUGGCAUCCCGGGUCAUCGAAUCCAUACUCUGCUUCAUCUACACGGGUCAGCUCAGACUGGGCUGGAGCCAGAUUUGGGAGCUCACAGAUGCACUGUUUCAGUUCCAGCUGCAGGGGGCGCUCUCGCUGUGCAUCGACUUCCUGCGGGACAGAAUGGAUGAAAGCACCUGUCUGGACGUGUUGGUCCUGGCUGAAACCUAUGGGCUGGUUCAUCUGGGGCAGCCUGCAGAGGAGUACAUCAAAGCCCACUUCCAGUGCAUCUCUGCUGGGGAGAAGUUCAAGGACGUCCCCUUCUCCCUCCUGGACAAAUUGCUUGAGAAGGACUCAUUGUGUGUAGAGAGUGAGAUAGUGGUGUUCAGGGCAGUAGUGAGCUGGGUGGAGGACAACCCCAAAGAGAGACUGCCAGAUCUGCCAGGCCUGCUCCACCAUGUUCGCCUCCCCCUACUCAGCUACUCUGAGCUCCAGGAGGCUCUGAGCUGCAGCCUCCUCUGCAGGAGCCCUGGGGCCAGAGGUUCCCUGAAGGCCCUCCAAAGCCUCCUGGAAGGGGAUUACAGAGGGCCUGAAUGCCGACCUCGCACCCCAAACCAGGUCCUGGUUCUGGUCUGUGGGGACACUGUCGAUGAUGAAUUCAUGAAGAAAGUUCCCAGCCAGACCUUGUGGUUCGCUCAGCAUUUCCACCGUGGACCCGGUCUGAUUAGAAGCAUAGAGUGGAGGCCAUUCGCCAAUAUCCCCAAACCGGCCCGGUUCAGACACUGCGUCUGUCUCCUCAACAACAAACUGUAUGUCCUGGGAGGACGCAAGUACUACGGAGCGCUGGAUAUCCUCAAGUCUGCAUUGAGGUUUGACCUGUCUCAGUGUAAAUGGGAACAACUACCUGACAUGCUCUGUCAAAGGGACUACUUUUCUGCUGUGUGUCUGGACGGUAAGGUCUUCGCUCUGGGUGGUAACCAUGACGACAGCCAAUACCUGGAUGCUGUUGAGUACUACACUCCUGAGGAGAACACCUGGAGGCGGGCUCACCCUCUGGACACAGCUGUCUGUGGCCACGCUGCAGCUGUACUGGAUGGGCAGAUCUACAUCUCUGGAGGCUGUGACCCCCAUCAGCGCUGCCUUCCCUCUAUGUGGCACUACCAUCCUUCCCGUGGCUGUUCCACCAGAGCACCGAUGACUGCAGGAGCGGGACGUGCUGGCCAUAUCAUGUUAGCCUUGGGGAGAGGGUUAGUGGUAGCUGGAGGGCUGCAGCCACUCUGGAUGGGCUUCGGAGACCAACUCCUCUGUGAGCUGUAUGACCCCAUACAUGACUCCUGGUCCUCUACCUCUGCCCUGCCUCAACCUCAUCUGUCACCAGGGGCAACUGUGCUUGAUGGACGGUUAUACGUGGUGGGAGGGUCUUCAGCAAGCACAGCGAGGGAUACCAAGUGGGUGCAUCGCUAUGACCCCAUGGAGGGUUGCUGGGAAAACCUGGGGGCUAUGCCACACCCAUACACAGAUCUGGCAGCUUGCUCCUUACCGCUUCCUGACCUGGUUGAUGAGCACUGAAGUCUUUCAUUUAAGCACUGGUUGAUUUUUUUGUUCUGGCUCAAGAAAUUCCCAAGGAGCUAUCGUUUAAAAAACUAUUUUAGCAAAAUGUGAUGAAUGUAAUUCUGUGGUAGGAACUCUAAUACAUAGCUAGUGGUAAGUGCCACAGGACAACCAAGCCCUAUGCUGAUUAUAUUUGGCACAUCAGAGACACUGAACACACUGAAUGUACAUCAAUGACAGCAGGGCUGUAGUCAAGACAACUUUAGCAGAGUCUUAGACAAGACCAAGUCUGAGAGUUUUCAAAACUGAGUCAAGAAGACAGAGCCCAAAUAGAGAUUAAAAACACAAAACAGUGCCCAUUCAGUAUUGUCCAUACUGUUGUCUCUGUUGUCUGAGCAGGUGGUGUACAGUGGGUAGAGCCUUUUCACUGAAAACAGCUGCCUGCUGUGGCCAAAAACGAUACAAUGAGAGCAGUGAGAGUGAACCAUAACAGUAAAGUAGCAGCCAGACAGUUAAACAAUCAGCUGAAACUCAGCUGAAAAAUAAGCAUUAACUGCACUUGUAAAUGACAGUGCAGAACAGUGCAUGUAAUAAAUACUUUAGCAACUCUAUGGAUAACUGAAAGCAGAGCAGCCUCUUUAGUUUGCUAUGAGCAACGCUGGGUAGGAAAUGAAAGAAGAAAAAUACCAAGAGCAAUGGCCCAAGACAGGUUCUACAGCCCUGAUGACCGUUUGUUGCAUAAGGUUGUAUAGUAGCAACAUUGUUACUGGUCAAAUGACAUGUACCGUAGAGUAUCCUUCACAUUGAAAUAAUUAGGUUUGCCCUGAAGGAAAUAGUAGGAAAUAGAAAAUUCAUUUCUUGAUCUUGGGGGUGCCUGGUGGCCUAGGGGUUCCAACAAGUCCUCCAAAUUAAACACCAAAAAACGUUGUUGGUUCAUGCACACGAUACAUAUACUGUUCACUGUUUCAAAAAUCAAACUGUUUCUUAUAACACGCUUAAGGUUUGGUUAGGUUUAGGCACAACAAUUACUUGGUUAGGUUAAGGGGAAAAUCAUGGUUUGGGUUCAAAUAACUACUUUGUUGAGAUCAGGAGACCUUCAUCGUCAAGGUUUUAAUAAUAACCACUUGGUUAUGAUUAGGGAACAACCCAAAUCACAGUCUUCUGUUUGACAUCCAUCCAGGGACCUUUGUUGCAUGUCGUUUCCCACCUUUUUACACCCUAAUUUCCUGUCAUUUCUCUACUGUCAGUAAAUUUAAAAAAAAUCCGCUCUCUGUCAGACAGCCCUUAAAGGGGAACACCGCUGACUUUACACAUCCGUGUCAGUUUACAUGUCAUGGGGACUCAUCAGCCUGUAAAAACAGUUAUAUAAUGUCUUUUUUUGGGUCUGAAGAACCUUCUUAAGUCUGAGAAAAUAAUCCUUGGUGAUCUCAUCUUGAUGUCAUCAGGUUUAAAUUAGGUCAAAGCUAUGUAAAUGUGAACACCAGGAGAACCCCAGUGUCCAAAAGGAGAUUUUGAAUGAGACUUUUACGUGGUUAAAUAAAAGUUUAAAAGAUUAAAACAUGAGAACAUACUGUAUUCACCAAAGCAGAAACUGACGUCAAAUGUAAUAUACUGACAUUUGUGUAAAAGCUCAAGAAAUUUCAAGUGUGUGAAAUAAUUUUUACUCACCAACACUUCAGUCAACCACUUCAAUCCAAAAUGAUGCUAAAUGAGGUCACACAACCCACAACAAUGAAUCUUCUGCUUUGCACAACAAUUUUUCCUAUUUAAUGCAUCACAUUCACAAACGGCUUCCUGUCAUCAGUGAUAGUGUUAGAACUGUGUGUAUUGCAUAGAUGGGUGUAAAGAUAAUACAAUGAACUGCAAAAUGCAAUUCUUCAUAGUCUUUUCUAAUCUUAAGAUAUUCUCUUCUGGCUGCUCUUUGACUCUUUAUCUUCUUGCAUUUCCUUUUCUAUUAGAAACUAAUGUCCUCAAAAGGACAAUACUCUAAAGUCAGUGAUCAAAAUGGUAGCCUAUAGCGUUUUGGCUUUCAGGAUUGCAAUUUUAGAAAGAGAUGAAGAUUAAACAGAGUAGAAAGGAAAUUAGGCAAAUUGAUACUCUUGUUCAUGACAUCUGAUUCCUCUUUGGCCUAAUCAUUGGUCUAACCAUUGCCCUGAUGUUAGAAAAAACUAAUAAGUGAUUUAUCUGUGUUAUAGAAGACUUUCCUGCCCAGCCUGCUUCUUCCUUCAUGGGCACAUUAGUCCAAAAUUUGACAUGACACUUGAAACAAAUUAGAAAAUUCAGUGCAGUAUAAUUACAAAAGAUGACUCAAAAAGGGAGAUUAGACCUUUUCUUAUUCACACAUCAGAGGCAGAGCUGCUUUGAAAUCAUCUUAUUGGUCCUCCACUAAGGUUCAGUCUGGAGUAGUUUUGAAACUCAGACCUUCUAAAAUGUUGUUACCCAUCAUUUAAUAUUGUGUAAACAACUUUGCCACCAGCAACUCUUUAGCUCCUCAUCAAACUCUUCUAUGUUGCUGGGUUCAAACACAGUCCAAAGGGACAUCAUUCAAAAACCAAUUCCCUUUUAGGAAACAGGAGGCUCGCCAUGAUAUUCAAAUGGGGGCCCUCACAGUGCCAGGCCUCUUGAUAGGGAGUUUACACUGAGCCACCAGUCAAUUAAGAUGUGAUUGAUGGGAAAAUCUCAACUCCUGUACUACAGUUGUCCCCAGGAUGUUCUCAUGCUAAGAUCUUUUUAUGUCCAUUUAUGUCAUUACGUCAUUCACUGCUUUAAAUAUGACUCAUGUUUUUUGUAAAUUUUUGCUCAGUGAUACAGGAAAUUUGAGGCUAGCUCUGAACCUUAAAGGAGAUGAAACAUGAAAUGUUGCAACUUGGCCAUUUCAUUCAGGUGUUAUGAAAUAGUGGACAGAGUGAUGCACGGAAGAGUGAAAGGAA